GGGUGUCGGCAACAGCUGCAGCGGCCCGCGCCGCCCCCUCGGCCGCGGCUCCCGGGGUGAGCCCGAGCUCGGCGGGCAGCUCCAGGCGCGGCGGCCCCGGAAGACGGGAAAGUUCCCAGCCGGAGCGCCAAGAUGCCGGGCAGCGACACGGCGCUCACCGUGGACCGGACCUACUCGGACCCCGGCCGGCACCACCGCUGCAAGAGCCGGGUAGAACGUCAUGACAUGAAUACCUUAAGCCUGCCCCUGAACAUACGCCGCGGGGGGUCAGACACCAACCUCAACUUCGAUGUCCCAGAUGGCAUUUUGGACUUCCACAAGGUCAAACUCACCGCAGACAGCCUGAAACAAAAGAUUCUAAAGGUAACAGAGCAGAUAAAAAUUGAGCAAACGUCCCGCGAUGGGAAUGUUGCAGAAUAUCUGAAACUAGUUAACAGCGCAGACAAGCAGCAGGCUGGACGUAUCAAGCAAGUCUUUGAGAAGAAGAAUCAGAAGUCGGCUCACUCCAUUGCCCAGCUGCAGAAGAAGUUAGAGCAGUAUCAUAGAAAGCUCAGAGAGCUCGAACAGAAUGGAGCCCCCCGAAGCUCAAAGGACAUUUCCAAAGACCAGCUGAAGGACAUCCAGCACUCUCUGAAAGAUGCCCACGUGAAGUCUCGAACUGCUCCCCACAGCAUGGAGAGCGGUAAAUCGGGCAUGCCGGGGGUCUCCCUCACUCCCCCCGUGUUUGUGUUCAGUAAGUCCAGGGAGUUCGCCAACUUGAUCCGGAAUAAGUUUGGCAGUGCCGACAACAUAGCUCACUUGAAAAAUUCCUUAGAGGAGUUCAGGCCUGAGGCGAGCGCCAGGGCGUACGGGGGCAGCGCCACCAUCGUGAACAAACCCAAGUACGGCAGCGAUGACGAGUGUUCCAGUGGCACGUCAGGCUCGGCCGACAGCAAUGGGAACCAGUCCUUCGGGGCCGGGGGGGCCGGCGCGCUGGACAGCCAGGGGAAGCUUGCCAUGAUCCUGGAGGAACUGAGGGAGAUCAAAGACACCCAGGCACAGCUGGCCGAGGACAUCGAGGCGCUGAAGGUGCAGUUUAAGAGAGAGUACGGUUUUAUUUCUCAGACCCUGCAGGAGGAGAGAUACAGGUAUGAGCGACUGGAAGACCAGCUGCACGACCUGACAGACCUGCACCAGCACGAGACGGCCAACCUGAAGCAGGAGCUGGCCAGCAUCGAGGAGAAGGUGGCCUACCAGGCCCACGAGCGGGCGCGGGACAUCCAGGAAGCCUUGGAGUCGUGCCAGACCCGCAUCUCCAAGCUGGAGCUCCACCAGCAGGAGCAGCAAGCCCUGCAGACAGACACCGUGAAUGCCAAAGUGCUCCUGGGCAAGUGCAUAAACGUGAUCCUGGCCUUCAUGACCGUCAUCCUGGUGUGCGUGUCCACCAUCGCCAAGUUCGUCUCGCCCAUGAUGAAGAGCCGCUUCCACAUUCUCGGCACCUUCUUUGCCGUGACUCUGCUCGCGAUAUUUUGUAAAAACUGGGACCAUAUCCUGUGUGCCAUAGAAAGGAUAAUAAUACCGAGAUGAAGCCACUGGUUCCUGCCUUCAAGUUCUUUCAAGUUUUUAUUUUAAAGGAAACUCUGUGCAUACUACCAAAUUUUAAAACGAACGAUUGUGCCGCCUGACGUGUGCAAGAAUAACUGGGGCUGUGUGGUGUAAAUAAUGACAGUUCUCUUAACUCGGUAGCAGUCGCCAGCGCAGUCCCUGUACUCGGUUAAUGUGAAUCUGUUUCAGAGCUCUCCCGCCUUGCUCACUGCCUUAAUCAGACUAGAUUUCCUGCCCACCUGGUUAGCCCAGCAUGGGGAACCCGUGUUUAUUGAGCCCUUGGCUUAAUUGGUGGCCCAGAAGAAAAGAGCUCUCCCUCUCUCAAGUCACUGUCAGAACUGAGCAUCACUGUUGCUAGCGGUUGUGUUUUCCCUGAGUCCUGUGAACAGCAUAUGUGAUUUCGGGAAGUGAAGAACCACAGGCAUUGGCCAUGUUGAACACUAGUGGCCUCCUGAAGUGCAAUAAAUCCCUGUGUAAUCCACCCUGCUUGUCCACAGAUGACCAUAGGACCCAUUAUGUACCCAGUGUCCACAGUGGUCAAUUGUGUGUGACCCUGUAGCAUGGACAUCUUUUUAAUUUCUUUUUGUAGAGAUGGGGUCUCGCUAUGUUGCCCAGGCUGGUCUCGAACUCCUGGGCUCAAGCGAUCCUCCCACCUCAGCCUCCAGAGUAGCUGGGACUACAAGCGUGCACCACCAUAGCCAGCUGUUGUGGACAUCUUGUAACACACCUGUUUAUCCAACAAAAAUCUGCAUUUGGGGUUUUGUUGCACUUUAAAUGAUAAGAUGCAAGAAUUUAUGAAUGGGGCCUUCCCCUUGUCAUCCCCGGGGAACCACACACUGAUUUCAUCUUAACCGGCUAGCAAAUGCCCGGCCUUCAAAGCGUGCAGGAAUGUUUCCAAAUCCCUCACAAAGUGUGGCUUUCUCAUUAAUUUGAGUCCUGUGAGCACUACGGAGGUUUGUGUUUUGGCAAAUCUUAAUUGUGAUAAACCCCCUUUGAGGGUAUGAUUCACUUUUUGUGAUUCAUUUUAGUCACAGAUUUGUGAGGGCUUGCAAAGCUUACUCAGGAAAUGAAAACAAAUGCUCAUGCUGCAGGGCUUUUUUUUUCCCUUGAAGGACACAGCAUCUUAGUUUAUAAAGCUGAAGUGCACUGAGGUGUAGGAACACUGGAAGCAUGAGGAAAAUAUAACGUUUGGUCUAAUUGGAUGGUCGCUAGAUUAGUGGGGGCAGUUCACCUAGAUGAAGAUGGAGAGGGUCUUCUUAUAGCUGUGAAAGGCCAGCAAGAGUAAAAUAAAUUAAAUGCAGUGUUUGAGCCAAGGUUGCCAUCUCUCUCUCAGGAUGUUGCUGAAAUAAGUUCCGAGGUCAUGAACUGGCCACAUUGCUUCUGAGCUGAAAGCAUGAGACGUUAACACGCCUGUUCGGGGGACACUGUUCUCUGUCUGCAGCCCAGCCCAGUUUCCUUUACCUCUGUUUUUCCGUGUACAUGACAAAAAGGAAGACAUAGAUGAUUCUAGUGGAAACUGUCGGUGAGGCCCUCCUCCCACCACCUCUGCCAUUCACCGAAGGCGCGAACAGGCCAGUCAGUGUACGUUUCCUUCCAGAAGACAUCCAAUAUCCUGGAUUUAAAUUAAGUGCAAUAUUUUGCAAACAGCUCUUCUUAGGGAAAUCUCCUGAAAAUACAUGUGACAGAAUGUGCCAUGGUUUGAGAGAGUGGAAUAGUUGAGCAUUUAGGCCCCGUCCAACGGGAGGGAGACUCGUGCAGCUCCAGCUUUCUAAGCGUACGAUUCAGUGGAUUUAGUACAUUCACAAACUUCUUCAGCUGUCAUCGCUAUUUCCAGACCCAAGCUUCUCAAAACAAUAAAUGUCAUUUCAGGAAGUCUUUGGUUAUAUAACUAGAAUAUUUUGGAUUGAGGAAGGGGGAGUUACGCGUCCCACCCCGUCUCAUGGCUGUGUCCCCUUUCCAUUGUCGGGCUUUUCUAGGGUCUCCCGAGUCUGUGCACACGCUGGUCCGUCAAGUCCAGGGCGGGGAGGGAGAGAGAAUGGUGCGCUUCCCUUGGCUUUUGUAUCUCCGCACGUCCCGGGGUUGGGGUGGGUGUAGACGCUGCUGUCGGUUUAGAGAAUGAGCGGGAUUGCUGGCCUGUGAGGUGAGGGGCUCUGGGAAAAUCCAGGAAGACCCGGGCCCCAUUCUCCUGCCACCGCACCCUGCUCCCACACUCAGCCCAGCCGGUUUGCUCCGAUUGGCGCCUCUCAGACCUGUCAUCGCCGUGUCUUCUCCCCAGGGAGAGCGGCACGUUCCACCCCCUCCAGUCUGGAGCUAUUAACAGAAACUCCUAGAAACUGGCUCUAUUCUGAAAUUUUGUAGGGUCUAAAAUCAUCCUAUCUGAUUAUGAAUUCCUUUUAAAGAAUUCAUAUUCUCAUUGCCUCUCAAUAAAUGUCAGAUAACCUUGUGUUUAUUGGAAUAUGCUCAACCUACCUGGCAUAUUUAUUUUAAAGUGUUACUGAAAGUUCAUGAAGCUUUUUACUUUUUAACAAGACGAUACACUCCAAGGAGACUUCUAUUCUCUUAAGGAAUAAACCCUCCCACUGCUUGUGUUCUUCAGUGUGUAAGGAGAUUAAAUGAACUUUUAUAAAUAUUACAAUGAAAAAUAGUGACAUAGCUAUGACAUAUCCUGAAAUUGGACAUUUAAUUUACAUUUACAUUAAUCUCUUUUCUGCACCUUUCGUUCGUAGUAAACAUCUUGUGCAUACCUAACAGUGAUAACUAGUAGUUAGAUGGUUAAACAUACCUGGUUACUCAGUGAACACUAUUGAGUGAUUUAAGAUGCUGGACAUUGGAUUCUAGCACUGUAUUUUUUUGUGUGACAUAUUUUCAUGAUGAGCAGGAUAGCGCUAGUUUGUUGAGGAAACACAAAACCGUUAAAUGUUCUCCAGUGGGUUUUGAAUUGGUUAUUUCAGCUCAUAUUUGAGUAUGGUUAAGCCAGAACAACACCUUGACGCCCCCAAAAUUACAAACCCAUAAUGAAGCAACAACCAAAAGCGCUCGCUCACUGGCUUUGGACAGUGAAAGUAGGAGUAGUGCCAAGUCUCUAGGUUGUAACAUUAGUGGUUUUGCCUGUGCGAUCCCUGUGACCUCUUGAUGGACAGAAAUCUUCUGAAACUGCUUUUCGUUUCAGCCGGUGAGGCUGCUACUCUGUCAGCUGGCAUUCAUGUGGUUUUAGCCCUUCUCUGCCUUGUCACUCUUGUUUUCAUUUAAAUAUCGCCCCACUGUGUAGGUUUAUUGCCUUGCCAUUUCUCUGGCAUAUCAGGUUUAAUUAUGUGCUCAAUAAUAAUGAGGGAACUAGCUUCCCCCUGGGCAACUAAUUACUUUUGUUCUUUUUGGUUGGAUUGUACCAAAUUAUUUUGCAUUGACUGAGAACAUUUUUGUAGGGAAUCCAGAUAUAGUUGUAUUGGUUUGGAAAAACAUUUAAAUACCCUUAUUAAUGUGAACGUGUGUGAUUAAACAAGCUACUUUGCAUGUUUCUAUAAUUUUGAGGAGUGGGCUGGGGGUAGGGAGAAAUAGCAUCACUUAAAACUCAGGGCUCAUCCGGCGUUGUGUUUCACGGUUAGCACAUGCACCAAGGAAGAGUUGAUUUAAAAAGAUAAACCACUGAAAAGAAUUGAAAUUGGCCUGUUCACAUCAAAAGCAGAUAAGUGAUAUAAAAAAAAAGGAUACAAAGCAGAACCAACCUAUCAUUUUCUGAAGUCAAUCCUCUGUUUAUAAGAAGCUGGAAAGGAAUGUUCCUUGAUUGUUUUAGAAGUGAUUUAUGUGUUGCAAUUUUAAUUUAUUUAAAGCAUGUCUGCUGUGUUUGGCCUAAGAGAAUGUUUCAACAAAACGUGCUCUGUGUCUAAGAUAUGUUUAGGUAGUAGUUAGCGGCUCUGAAAGUAGCAACUGGAAAUGUUUAUUGUGAGGUCUGUUUCAAAAUUUCCAUUUUGUGAGAUACUCCAUAGUUUCAUGUCAGCCUAAAAUUGUAAAUUCUCUGUAGAUCUUCACCCCAUGGUGAUGUCAUCAAUGAACUCAAAGCGGGUGCCAUUAUUUUUCUAAAUAAACACUUGAUGUUUGCUUUGGUGUUAAAUAAAGAGUUAGAUUUCUUAAAUUUU